GUUAGUUUAGUUUGUCUUGUCCCUGUCUUCGUCUAAACCAGAAUAAAACCGUCUCGCUUUAUAUCAUUAUUUUGUUAAUAAAUCAUGGAAUUAAAUGUAUUGAUUUAAGUUAGCCAUUAUUGUAACACAACUUCCAUAAUGUUAACCUUUAUGUACUAGUAUGGUCUAGAUCACCGCAAGUACAUUUUACUGAGUUUAGUUUACCAAGAGAUCAUUUGACCACGCCGUAGUUUCAGAAUGAUAACCAUAACACCGAACAGUCAGGCCUUCACUGUGCCGCCCCCGGCUGUAGGCAACAUGGCUGUCCCCCCUCCCAUGGGUCAUCGCUACCCUCCACCCCACCAAGGGCAGCGGUUUGGACCUAGACACACGUUCUUUCAGCCAUUCAGACCUUAUGUGCGGGGAGUGGCUGCGCUUGACCCCGAAUUUGAUGGGAAACGCUUGAGGAAAUCGGCUAUGAGGAAAACUGUAGAUUACAAUUCUGCAAUCAUUAAAAUGUUAGAAGCCCGUGUUUGGCAAAGGGACUUUAGAGACAGGAGAGCGCUGCAGCCUGAUGUCCUGUAUCUACCAGACAUGCAACCUCCCCCUGCCUACGAGGACAACGCUAUCAACGCUGUCACCACCAAGUUUGUGAAGGCCGCCACCAAUAAGAUGAGAUGUCCGAUCUUCUGUAUGGCGUGGACUCCGGAGGGGCGUAGACUGGUCACUGGGGCCUCGUCUGGGGAGUUUACUCUCUGGAACGGACUUACGUUCAAUUUUGAAACGAUUUUACAGGCGCAUGACAGUCCAGUAAGGACGAUGGUGUGGUCUCACAACGACGUGUGGAUGGUGACGGCCGACCACGCAGGCUACGUCAAGUAUUGGCAGUCCAACAUGAACAACGUCAAAAUGUUUCUUGCGCACAAGGAGGCUAUACGAGGCAUCAGUUUCAGCCCAAAUGACAGCAAGUUUGCGACGUGCUCUGAUGAUGGAACUAUCAGGAUAUGGGACUUCCAGCGAUGUGCCGAGGAAAGAAUACUAAGAGGUCACGGAGCAGAUGUCAAGUGUGUCCACUGGCAUCCUCAGAAGGGACUGAUUGUUUCUGGCAGCAAAGACAACCAACAACCUGUCAAACUGUGGGACCCCAAGACCGGGCAAUCAUUGGCUACGUUACACGCACACAAGUCCACUGUGAUGGACGUCAAGUGGAACAACAAUGGUAACUGGCUAAUCACUGCGUCUCGGGACCACCUGCUCAAGUUGUUUGAUGUGCGCAACCUGUCCAUGGAGGUGCAGACAUUCAGAGGUCACAAAAAGGAGAGCAGUUCUGUAGCGUGGCAUCCCUACCAUGAGGGACUGUUUUGUAGUGGAGGCUCUGAUGGAGCUAUACUAUUCUGGCAUGUCGGGGCUGACAAGGAGGUAGGUGCCAUAGAACAGGCUCACGACAGCAUUGUGUGGACACUGGCCUGGCACCCGCUGGGCCACAUACUUUGUAGUGGCAGCAACGAUCACUCCAGCAAGUUCUGGACCCGCAACAGGCCCGGGGACGCAAUGAGAGACAAGUACAACCUCAACACUUUACCUGCCAACAUGAGUGGGCUGGACGACGGCGAACUGGAUGACCUGAGUGUAAUCCCAGGCAUGGGUCCGGAAGACAAAGUAGAAUUGUUGAGCACUGCUGUAGAUCAGGAAGGCAAGAUACCCGGACUGGACAUUGACUCCACCGACGAGAAGUCUAAGGUCAUCCUUAAAAAGGUUCCAUAUUCUAAGCCGAUUCCCAAGAACUUCCAAGCUCACUGGACCAAUGCUACAGUUGGAGAUGAUGACAAAGACGGAUUCGACCCUAUUGAAUUGAUUAAUCAGCUGAUAGUCAACCAGCCUGGAGUAAUUCCUCUUGCUGAUAUUGAGCCAGAAAAGUUGAUUAUUUAUGGACAGGAAAUUCCAUUGAAACCGGAUGAGGAUCUGACAAACGCUAUCAAGAAGGGAUCCGAGGCAUUGGCUAGAUACAUCAACUCUGGGGCUGUGGAGGAACUCAACGAGGUCCGACCUUACAUUGACCUCGACGACGAGGUGCCUAAAACUGAGGUGGACCCUGAGGAUCAGGACUCCAACAUGGCAGACAAGGAUGACGACGACAGCCAAAAUGAUGACUCUCAGAAUUCUCAUGGUAACCUAGGUAACCAAGACCAAGACAUGAGGCAGCUGGUGAUGCAGCCUCCGCCCAACUUCAUGGGGAUGGAGAACCAGAGGAUGCCCCCGCCACCUCCAUCUGGCCCCCCAGAUAUGUUCCGUCACCCGGGGCCAGACAACUUCCGGCCCAACUUCCCCCCAGACAUGGGAGGACACAUGCAGAACCAGUUCAUGCGACCACCAGGACCACCUAGGGACUUCAGCCGGCCUCCACAAGACAUGUUCAGGGGUCCAAGCGAUGGACAGUUCAACGACGGGGGCAGAAACCGCAAUGAUAAUUUCCAUAUGGACUUUAACAUGCAAAAUCCACCUCCUCAGUUUCGUGGGAGAAACCAGGGGUUCGGGAACGACCAAGAGGACUCUAGGAGGAAUUUCAACCAGGAGGAUGAGGAUAUGAGGGGGUACGGAAAUGGAGGGUACGAAGGAAACGGUGGAUACGAAGAGGAAGAGGAAGGGGAGUGGGCUCCUGAAGAACAAUACAACAACAGGAGCUACGAGUGGAAUGAGGAGGGGAUGGAGGAAGGGGAAGAAGGGGAAGAGGAGUACCGGGGGGGAGAGAGGAGGCAGUACCAACCUUACCAGAAGAAAUUCCCUCGUGGACCUCGAGGAGGGAACAGAGGUAGUCCGCGAGGUAGGGGUGGCUUUGACAGAGGGCGGAGGAUGAGGGGAAGGGGCAGGGGAGGGGGAGGCUCAAGCUCAAGAGGGUUCCGUCCCAGAGGACGAGGGCCUCGGAGAUAA